GGAUAUAUUUAGUUGGCCUGAUUCCUUACAUGUCUUGAGAAAUUCCCACGAAACCCUCCAAUCCAUAGAAGCAAGUUGACGGUGACGCCACUUCCAUUGUUUUGAUGAUGUUUUGAAAGUGACUCAUCCGCCGGCUGUUUUCACUUUUCUUGUGGCCCCGAACCGAAUUUAAGGCAUUCCGGUGUAGACAGCGGGCCAGAAAGCAAGUAUACGCAAUUACGCAUCACUCCCACACCCAUACAGUCUCGAUAUGUUCGAUUUCAAUUUGGAAUUUGCCCGUGGAGGCGCUCGUUUCACCACUGAACUGUUCCAACUCUUGGCCACUGGUGGUCUGAAGGAGAACGUGGUCUUUUCGCCCUUCUCCAUUCAAACGUGCAUCGCCUUGGCCUUUGCCGGAUCGCAGGGAGAAACCGCCGAUGAGAUCGCCAAGGUGCUGCAUUUUGUGUCCAACUUUCCGCCCGAGGUGGCCCAGACCUUCCAGUUCGUCCUGGAGAAGUAUCGGAAUAGCAACUUGCUGCGAGUGGCCAACAAACUGUAUGUGCAGGAGGGCAAGCAGCUGAAGCCGGCCUACCAGGCGGCCAUCAAGGAGCAGUAUCACUCGGAGGCGGAGUCCAUUAACUUUGCACUCAGCGAUGCCGCCGCCCAGGCCAUCAAUGCCUGGGUAAAUGCCAAGACGCAGGGCAAGAUCACCGAGCUGGUCAGCGCCGAUUCCUUCUCGGACCUCACCCGGCUGGUCCUGCUCAAUGCCCUCCACUUCAAGGGCAGCUGGGCGCACAAGUUCGACGAGAAGCGCACCGAGGAGGAUGACUUCUGGGUGGGCGAGGAGGAGAAGGUCAAGAUUAGCUACAUGAACCAGAAGGCCAAGUUUGGCUACGGCUACUUUGAGGAUCUGGGCUGCACUGCCCUGGAAAUGCCCUACCAGGAUUCGGAUUUGUCCAUGCUUGUGCUGUUGCCGCAGGAGCUGACUGGUCUGUACCCCUUGGCCGAGAAGCUCAAGACUGUGAAUCUUGUCGAUCUGGCCGACAAGAUGACCGUGGAGGAGGUCCAUGUCAAGUUCCCCAAGUUCAAGGUGGAAUACUCACUGGAUUUGGCCGAAAAACUGAAGCAGCUGGGCCUCUCGAAAAUGUUCACGGAUGAAGCCGAGUUCAACAAUCUGCUGGAAUCCCCGGAGGGCAUCUUUGUGUCCCAGGUGCUGCACAAAGCCACCAUCGAGGUCAACGAGGAGGGCACGGAGGCGGCGGCUGCCACUGGCAUGAUCAUGAUGACGCGCAUGAUGACAUUCCCCCUGCAGUUCCAAGCGGACCGACCCUUCCUCUACGUCAUCUGGAACAAGAAGAACAUCCUCUUUGCAGGUGCCUUUGUAAAGGCAACCUAGAAGCACAACUCCUCUCACCCUUUUUUGUAUUGUUUUUAUCAAUGAGUAUUUUUAAAUAAAUAAGCGAUCCAUGUCA